AUGGGUAAAAUAUUGCUCAUCAGGUACACCUACACCUUCAUUUUUUGCUUCUAUGUAUUACAAUAUCAUACUAGAUCAUCUAAUGCUUAUUCAAUUAUUCCUCAGGGUUUGAUGGAGGUGUUCAAAGAAGAGCUUCUGCAAGGUUGUGAUCAUAGAUUGUGUGUGAGGCAUCUAUAUGCCAAUUUAAAGAAAAAGUUUGGUGGUGGAGUCCUUCUUAGGAACUUGAUGAUGGCAGCAGCCAAAGCUACCUAUGAAGAAGCAUGGAGGGAGAAGAUGGACUUGAUUAAGCAGCAGAAUGCACUAGCCUAUGAAUGGUUGAUGGACAAAGCUAAAUCCUCAUGGUGUAGACAUGCAUUUAGCAUUUACCCAAGGUGUGAUGUUGUCAUGAAUAACCUCUCCGAGUCCUUCAAUGCAGCUAUUUUGAUGGCCAGAGACAAACCUAUACUGACUAUGAUGGAGUGGAUAAGAACCUAUGUCAUGGGGAGAUUUCCAAUUAUGAUGGAGAAGCUCAGCAAGCACAGCGGACAGAUUAUGCUAAGACCUUUAAAGAGAAUGAAAUUUGAAGCUGCAAAGUGUAAGAAUUGGAUCCCUAGGAUUGUGGGUGAAGCUACUUAUGAAGUUCGACAUUUUGUCCAUUUAGAGAGGCAUGUUGUUAACGUUAAUGCCAAGAAAUGUUGUUGUGGAUUUUGGGAGCUGAAUAGAUUUCCUUGCAGACAUGCAGUUUGUGCAAUUAAUUUCCACCGCCAUGAUCCUAAGGACUAUGUUGAAGACUGCUAUAAGAGGGCAGCUUUCCGGGCAACAUAUGAAAACUAUAUCACACCACUGCCUGGUCCUAACUAG